CUUCCAACAACUCACAAAUUCUCUGCAAUACUGAGUUUUCCCCACUAUCCAGUAAAAAGCGUAAAAAAAACGUCUCAGUCCAAAAAGGAAAAAACGCCUCCCAUAUUAUCCCUCGGUUUUCACGAGAACGUUCAUGUGUACAGUUUUCUAAUCUCUGUCGUUGCUUACCCCCUCAAAACACUAAUCUACACAGGUGUCGAAGUGGCACCAGUAGCUUCUGCGAGGUAAAGCUUUUCAAGUUAGUGGAUGUGUUACAAAAAAAAAAAGCCUGAAAAGGGAAAAAUAAAGAACUUGAGGAUUGGGUGGGAAGAGGGAGAUACAGAAGCGAGUCCAAGGAGUCAGUUCCCGCGAGUUUUCACAGGGCUCUGGAGAGUGGUGUGGAUAUCGUGGAAUAAGUGGAGGGCUUGCAGACUUUGUAAUGAUUUUUUUUCGGUGAUUCAGUAGUUGUUUUCCUGUUCAUCCAGUGACUGUGUUGAUGACCGAUGAGAACGGUAGUCGCGCGCAUCUCUUACACCGUUGAGUUGACAAAAUAAAGUUGAAGAUAAAUAAAUAAUCGAAGGAGAAGGAAACAGCAAUUGGAAACAUUUGUGGUUUUAUUUUAACGUGAAGAGUGUUAAUGCUAGUGCUGGUGAUUGGUGGGUGUGCCAAGGAUUUUUCCCAGUGACUGGAAAAAAGGGUGGAACCACCAGGUGACGAGGAGUUGGGUCUUGGUCCACCUGGUUGCGAUGUGGAGGCGUCGUGGAUGGUUUCUCGGCGUCCUGGAAAUACCAGCCGGUGUCGACGACACGAGAAAUUCUAUUGGCAUUGCUUGGAGUUACUCAUUGCUAGAUUUGUUCGGUCAUCACACUGGAUCCACUGAGAUUCUUCACAAUUGAAUUGCAGAAUUUUUUUUUUUUUUUCAUUGUUCCUCAAAGUGAAGGUGAAGGUGUUCUCUGGCCCAUUGGGCUUCACUUGGAAUAUUGAAUACGUUGGCUGGAGGAUUUUUUGUUGAGCGUAGAACAAUUUUGCCCGCCACAAGGACGGGUGGUUAUGUUUCCCACUUUCAUCGGAAUCCUAGACAUACAAUCGUGGUGGGAGGUGCCGAGUAUAGCACACUUCUGCUCGUUAUUUAGGGCUGCCUUCAAUCUCCUGGACUUUGAUAUCGAGGAUCUUGAGGAAGCUCUACUGACAGACGGUGGUACUGAGGGCAGAUUACUUCAGGAAUUAAUUGUUCGAUUGUUGGGGGGCUGCUUACCCAAUGAAUCUCGAAAUGACAUCUCCACGUUCAAUUAUCAGAUGUUUCUUCGGAGAUUAUUUCGAAAAAAGUGUCAGGACUACAAGUACGAGAAUCCCUUCAACACAGAUGUAGACUUCGAGCUCCUUCCACUCCGUCAAAAAGUCGAGAUCCUUCGUAGCCUCUGCGACUUCCGUUUGGACGCUGAGGACGUUGAGCUAGCCCUAAGCAACCUAGACUCAGACAGUCUUCGCGUUGAACCAUUGGGUCAUGACCGUAGUAAUUCUGCCUACUGGUAUUUCUACGGUACCCGUCUCUACAGAGAGGACUACAUCAGUCCCGAUAAGGCCCUCUCCCCCCGUCAGACUCGUCGAGCGCGCGACAAGAGGCGUAAAAAACGACGUAUCAGAGGUGAAAAGGUGGUGGAGAAAGAGGAGGAGGAGGAGGAGGAGAAUGAGGCUGAUCAUUUAAUCGCCGACAAGGUACACGACAGUCGUACAACAGUUUGGCAGGUGGUGUGCUUUACCCCGCAGGAUUGGUCCCGCCUUGUUGACAAAUUUAAGGAUUCCGAGUACGAUACUGAGCGAAAAUUGUAUCACACAUUGUCCGAGGAUUUUCUCCCCGAGAUUCCAAAGCUCUUUGAGUUGAAGGAGAAGCAACAGCGUCGUCGAUUGCUGGAGAGAAAUACAAGGGUCCAGCGAGGUCAGGAAUCAGCUGAGCCAACCGAAGAGGCGAUAAUGGUACGAGCUAAGAUGAAAACAAAGGCAAAAGCCACGAGACGAAGUCAGACUAUGAAAAAUGGAGACAGUGAGGACGAGGCACCACCUCCAGCUCCACCACAGAAGAAGGGAAGGCAGACUAAUAAUUCAUUGGCCUCAGCUGAUGGUCAGAUUGUCAUUCACACUAGGGAUGAGCUUGAAGGGCCACCGAAGAAGGGACUGCCCAAGCACACCAGCACUUAUGUCUCCUCCUAUCCGUACACCUUUGGCAUCGAAGAGGAGGAGCGUCGUGUUGGUAUGCACAAGGUCCUGGAGAGCCUCAAGGAUCAUGUGGAUGCCUGGCCAUUUGUUGAUCCUGUUGAUGAGGAGUACGCCCCUCGAUACUAUUCUGUUGUCAGAAAACCCAUGGAUCUUUCCACGAUGGAGGAGAAACUCGAGGGUGGCUCUUACAAAAAUCUCAGUCAAUUUAAAAAGGAUUUUCGAUUGAUCGUCGACAACUGCAGACAGUAUAAUGGGUCUGACAAUGAGUACACGGAAAUGGCGGUUAAUCUGAAAGAGGCAUUUGACAGGGCUGUUGAUCGUUACCUAGAGUCGGAGCCCUCUAGUGACGAAUGCCCAUCAGUUCCUGCAUCACCAAAUGCUAUUCCAUCAUCACCUUAUCCAGCUCGUGCUUCCUCAUCGCCUUCGUUAUUAAGUAGUACACGUAAGCGUAACAAAAGAUCAAAGCAAAAGUCUAAAUCAAAUAAGAGUGAGAAGAAGAGUAAGGGAAGAGGGAGAGAUGAAGAGGAGGAAGAUGAGGAUGAUGAGGAUGAGGAGGAGGAGAAGGAGGAGGAAGAGGAGAGCCCUAGGGAUAAGAGGGGAAAGAAAAGAUCAAAACGUGCUAAGGAGGAGGAGGAACGUAAUGAGGAUAAUAACGAUGAUGAUGAGAAUGGUGCAAUAUCAGAAAGUUCUGUGAUAAAGUCAAAACGAAAAAAAUACAGUGAAGUUGAGAGAUUGUUACCCAAGAGUAAAAAAUUAUCGGCCAAAGAGGAGAAAUCCGAGGAGAGUAAUAAACGUGGUAAAAAUCGACAGAAGGAGCAACUUAAUAAGAACAGUAAGGAACACAGGGAGAGCAGAAGAAAGAAAGAAGACUUCGAGGAGGACCAUGAGCCACUUAUUAAUAUUAAGAGUAAGAGUAAGAGAAUUGAGAAGAGAGGAAUUGAGGAUAAUGCAGGUUUAGCUGAUAGAAUUAGCAGGAAACAGAAGAAGCCAGAGAAAAUUGUGGAGGAGUCUGAUGACGAGAGGUCCUCCGAUGUUGAGGAGAACGGUAAGCAGACGCCGGAGAAGAAGAAAAAUCGCAGCAAGAAGGAUAAGACCAGUCCAAAGGCACCAAAAGUCGAUGUCAAGCACGAUCGUAAGGCUUCGAAACUGAAGGAGAAAAAAUCAAAAGUCAAGAAGAUAGAGGACAGGCCGAAGAACGGUGAACUGAAAAAAGUGGAGAGGGAGAAAGACACCAAAAAGGAAGAUACAGCGUCUAAAAAAUUCGACUCAUUAGUCAGCAAUAAAGAUCUCGAAUCCCUGGACUCUCUGAAGGAUCGAAUAAGUGAGCGUAGACGUGAGGACAAGCUCAAACAAGAGAGGGAAAGAGCCAAGAAAUCCACUAAAAUUGAUACUGAAAAGAAAAAAGUGCCUUCAAAUGGUAAUACCUAUCACGAGAGUGCUAAGGUGAACCUGAAACGAGCUAAGCUUAAAAAACCUGUUAAAGAUGAUAAAGCUUUACUGAGCAAAGAUGAAACUGUUGAAAUCAAAAAGCCUAAAUUGGCGCAUGUCAAACAUGGCAAAAACAGGGAGGAGAGUCCGGCAAUUCAAGCACUGAAUCAGGCAACUGAACAAACACUCAAUGAUAUUAAUAAGUGGUUGGAUGAUGCACCAAAAUUAUCUGAAUUUUCGUCAGGCAGUGAUUCACCCCAAACUAAGCAGCCAUCCACUAGUGAGACAUCAUCGCGUGGAAAGCCAGAGCCACUGGUUCGUAAACGUCCAACUAGUGUGAAAUUUUUGGGUCCAAAUGGUCCACCGAGACCGAAAAAAGUUCAAAGAACCAUUGACAGACUUCAGCCUGGUAAGGCGAAGGGUAAUUUAUUGCUGAAGAAACCGCUGCCCAGUGGUAGCAACUCGACUGACACCUCGACAAGCCAAUCGACCACGGAUGUUGAUCAUCCGAGCAAAGACAACACUGACGAACCAAAAUUGAGCCUUGGUACUGUUCUCAAGAAUUCAGACUCCAUUCAACUCAUGUGUAAGAGCUUGGUAUCCUCACCAAAUCCGAAUUUAUCGAACGAGGAUGAAGAGGACGAUCGUCCAGCUUUAGCCACUUCAAAAGUUAAGGAAGAGGACAAGUUCAAGGAGACAAAGGAUGCGGCUCUGAAAAUCGAUCCUGAACAAGUGAAGAGUACCCAGGAGGAGUCACACAAACCAAAGUCAGCGACGCCCAAUCUGAGUGCCUGGUUCAAGGCAUUUGGCGCACCAAAGUCCAAGAAGAAGGAGGAAGAGGUCGAUGAGCCAGCUAAAAAAGAGGAAUUCCAGGAGUUACCGCAGCGUCAAAGAAGAAUGAGCGCUGGAGGGAGCAGUGUCAGUGAGUCGGUCUCGAGUUUCUCUCAAGAAUCUCCCCCAGGCCUGACAAUCAGGUCACCCCAGAGUCAGCCAGCCUUGACACCAACAGCAAUAGAGCAGCCAAUUCGAGCUGGCUUCUAUCAGGAUGCAUUGUCCACUGGGAGUAGUCCCAAUAACAGUCCCUACUACGCCACACCCCCGAGAUACAGUGCCCAGCUCCCUCCCACCCCAUCCCCGCAGAAUUAUUCUCACCCACUGUCCCCAGCAUAUCCUUCCUCAGCAGCAUACGAUCAAAAUCCCCUGUACCCUCAGCUUCCCCAGGCCUCUCACCAGGUUUACCAGAAGCCAGGGACCCAGGAGAAUCCCCCAGAAGCCUAUCCCACCUACUCCCAGAACUCUCCCCAACCCGAGAACUACAUCAACUCCCCCCAACAGCUUCCAACAAACCAAAAACUGUCUCCAGUAUAUCCUCAACCCUCCCCUCAAGCCCCCGUCUAUCCCCAGAACUCCCCUCAACCUCCUCCAGCCAAUUACUCCCAACCCUCACCCCAGCAGCCAACAACCCCCAACUACUCUCAACCCUCGCCCCAACAACCCACUGCCAACUACUCUCAACCCUCCCCACAAAAUCCCACCUACUCCCAACCCUCCCCACAACAACAGCACUCCCCCUAUUCUCAAUCCUCCCCUCAACCACCACCAAGCUACUCCCAACCCUCACCUCAAGGGCCCAAUUCACCCUACUCUCAACCCCUACCCUCACCAAAACCUCCGCCUUCCUAUUCCCAAGUCUCUCCUCAGGCCCCCUCUCCCUACUCCCAACCUUCUCCACAAUUUGCCCAGCCUUCACCCCAACCCCCAGCCAAUUACUCCCAACCAUCUCCACAGAACUCCACAAAUUACUCACAACCAUCUCCAGGAUCUCGGAACUUUGCCCAACAUUCACCCCAGCCACCGAGCUACUCCCAGCCAUCACCGCAGAGUCUCAACUACUCUCAGACCUCCCCUCAGCAGCCACCGAAGUACUCCCAGCCAUCCCCUCAAGCUCCAAACUACUCUCAGCACUCUCCUCAGCAGCAAAAUCCGUCAUCUACUGGUUACUCAGCCCAGCUUUCACCCCAACCAGCGAGAAUCUACCCUCAGCCAUCCCCCCAGCCAUGUCCACUUCCAGUCCGACCACCGGCGAAUUAUUCGCAGCCAUCUCCAAGGGCACCAGCACAGUCAACCCCGCAGAAUUACCAGAAAUCUGAGGAGUACGCGGGGGGAAGUUAUCCUCAGGGCUUCAAGUCUAAUCACUCUCCAUACGUUCCACCAGUAUCAGCUGCACCAGUGGAGGCUGAAAGACGAGUGGAGUACCUCAAGCCUGAGGAGAAGCUCCCAGUACAACAGAUGGAGACACCCAGGAACUUCACAUCAGACCCUCCAUUGGGACUUAAUCAUCAAGUGUAUCAGUCUAAUCAGUUUCCACCAGGAUAUGGAAACAAUUACUCGUCGACUGGUGAUCCUCAGAGGCCGGGGUCGAGGCUGAACCCCCAGGAGACACCUCAGCAGACCCAGGAGAGACACUUUGAUCCAGAAACUCUGAAGUACCAGCGUCAGGAUCAGUCUCAGUUAUUGAACUUCCAGCAGAAUCUGUCAGGGCACGAUACCAUAUAUCAACCAGCUGGUGGCUUCCAGGCCCCACCCUACCCUAUGCCCAAUCCUAGUUGUCGUCCAGUGUAUCCCAGCCCCCACUACUACGACGCCAGUGCUAAAUCCUCUUCGUCAUCGGUCCCAAGCUCCGGAGCAUCGACUUUAGCUCCUGUUAAGAAACGAAUGUACAACGAACCAACUAGUGAUACUACAAGGACACUACCUGAGCAGCAAUCGAGAGGGACUCAGGAGCAGUUUGGCUAUGAUCAAAUGAUGACCCUAGCGACAUCAGAACCCGGACAAAAUCUUGUGUCUGGACAAUUUGAAGGUGGCUUUGGUUCACUUGAUUCGGUGGCUGGUAAUUCAGCCUAUGCCAGACUGGGCCUGGGACUGGUUGGCAGGAGUUCAAAGGAUCAGCAGCAGUUGCUCUCGAUCCCCAGGCCCUCCAGCAAGGAUGCACUGUCCUACAGACAGCCAGGACCGUCAGAUCUCGAUCUGAAUCUCCUCCAGAGUCUCCAGAAUGCAGCAGCCAAGACGAUACCACCAACUCACUCGAGACGUGAUCCACCACCAGCUCCAGCGCCGACUAAAGGACGGAAAAGCAAGAAAAAAGCUCAGGCCCAGGCUCAACAACAGGCCAGUAUACCCGACCAACAGAUGCCGGGCUUUUCUCAAUACCCUGGAAAUCCUGGUGAUCCCAUCGGUCUGAAGAACUCACCGGCUAUUCCGCCAGGAGGUAGUGCAUUCAAUUUUGCAACACCAGCUGGUGGAACCAACAGUUCACCGUUCUACGACAAGGAUGCCUCAGCUGCUGCUGCUGCCUUCGCCUUUCUCGAUGAGUUCAGAAAUCCAAACAGCUACUACAGCAUUCUGAGGCAGCAGCAGCAGGGACAGCCACAGGCAACUCCUGUCACCGAGGCUGGACAACAAGCCAAUAAAUUGAAUAAUCAACCUCCUAGAAAUUAUCCACCUCAUCCCUUCCUUCAUUCCCCUCAACGAUCAGCACCUUAUGGACCACCGGUGUCAGCGUAUGUCAGCCCCCAUGGACCAAAUCUGGGGGUCGAUCCAGCUGCUUAUCAACAGUACAUUCAUUCCCUUUAUGCACUCCAACCACCCACACAUCAUCGACCAUCGUGGCUCUAGCCGGAAAAAACAUUGUGAAAAGACAUUCUUCAUCGAGUGAAAUAGACUGAGUGCAUUUAUCAUUUAUUCGUAGUUGGGAUCAAUAGUGAGGUGGUUCAAUGUGACAACACGAAUGCCCAUGUCUUUUGACAUUAUUCCUUGAGGUUUAAAUUCAGAGGCGAAGUAGCAAUGGGAGAUAAGUCAGUUUUUGAUGAAUAUCUCGAUGUCGAGGAAAGACAGCGAAAUUUUUAUCGGAGCCUUUUUUAUGGAGUGAAGUGAAAACUAGGACAAAUGUCACUAGAGAAAUUCCGCUAUCUCUCGUAGAUUUGGAGAUAUUAGUCGAAAACUGGAGUCACCGAUAAGCCGGGUUAUCUCCUUCUAUCGCCUCGCUUUUAGAAUUUUUAGUUAAAGGAAAUAAAAAAUGAGAUCGACAUUUCAAAUAUUUGACCAUGUUAUUACAAUAGAUGACGUCUCCGCAUAUAUAUUUUAUUUUUCGGGAGAAGACACAUUAUGAAUUUUGAAUAAGGACAAUGGAGAAGUAUUUUUGUUGUUUUGAGGGAUGUGAAUGUUGAAAAGAUGAAUCUGUUGGAAAAAUAUGUUUUGUGACGCCGAAUAUUUUCAAAGUGCACUAUUUCAUACAAAAUGAUCACAUAUGUUCCAGAAUUAUAGUUAUAAUUAACAAAAAAACAGGAGUAGAUCCAUUAACACUGAAUUUGUUAUAUUUUGCCACUUCACUACUGAUUCAUUAUCCAAUUUUUUAUUAUAUUUUCCCCCUCAAUAAUGCAAGUCGACGUUUUCUAUUUUAUUAGUCCCGGUGACAGUAUUUUCAUUUUUGUUCUCCAUUUGUCCAACAUGAAAUAUUAUUUUUUCUCAAUGAAUUUGUUACUAGUGAUCGCUCUCUAUAUCUUUCUGUUGAUAAUUCGAUUAUCAAUUUAUUGACUUUGUGUUUACUGAGUAUUCAGGAACUACUGGGAGAUUUUCUUUCGAAUUUGUUGGUGGAGGAUGUGAUAAUAAGGAUUGAGAGUGGAUCAAUUAAGUUGUGACAGUGGAGCAUGUUGAAGAUUAGCGUCGUAACGUUUAAACGUUAACCACCAAAUUUUAUAAUUAUUUUUUAUUUAGCGAUGAUUAGACUAAGUAAACUCAGUUACAAUUAAUUUCUCCUCUUUCCCAAUUCAACGAUAUUGCACAGAAUCAUGUCGCAAUCAUCAACAUCCCCCGAAUAUAUCACGAAUUUUAUACACAUUAUUACAACUCUUAAUUAUUUAAUUAAGUCGUCCUUCCCUGGAGCUAAUUGCUGUGUAGCUAUAUGUAAAUAACAAUAAGUCUUCUCAGGACGUGAAUCGAAGUUUGUGGUUUCAAGUACCAAAUAAAAAUAAACCAGGAAACUGAAUUAAUUAAAUAAAAAUCUUAAAAGAUAAUUUAUCGAAAAGACUUGUCAAUGACCGAUUCACGGCCAGAGAUAGCGAAGCUCUCCCGAGCUUUUAGUGUUCUAAUCUAAUAGGUAAUGAAAAGUACACCAAUUUUAAUGAUUUAAUUACCAUGAUCGUUGUAAAGGAAAAAUAAUGAAUUAAGAAUCGAAGAAUAGAUUGAGAAAUUUAAUCGGAAUAAGCUUCACACUCAUCGAUCUGUCUCUCCCGGCUUGUUUUUCUGUAAAUAAAAUACAUAUCCCUGUCAUAACUCCUCCUGACGAGUGAAAGCUACCGGUAGACAUAGAGGCUAAAGUUAAUCAUUAAAGAGAAAUGCAGAAUGGAAUCAAUAAGAAAAAAAAUGAUGGAUUAUUGACCAGAGGAAUUUAAACCCACGAUCGAGUGAAUGAGUAGUAUCUGGAGCGACGAAUGAACUAAUUGUGAAUUAAAACAGACGAUAAAUGUUUGAGUGAAGUGGAAAACGUCUUGACACAUUACCCCCUCCCACCAAUAUCGAUAGAGAAAUAUUUGAUAGUUUAUAAUAAAGUAUAUAAAUAAUAUACAUAUAUAAAUAUAUAUAUUGUAAAUGUGUAUCGAAAGAAAUUAAAACACCGUUUGUUACAA